UUCACUUGGGCUCGCAGCCUCCCUCCUGCUCGCCGCUCUGUGCACACUCCCCCCUCGGUCACGCUUCGGUGCAGAUUUCAGACUUGGAGUGGAGAUGAAGCUGAUUCUCGUCAGACUCCUUUGCUGACACCCCCCCCCCCCCCAAUGGAAAGACAAAGUAGUUUGAGAGCGAUGUUGAUGCAACAGCCCCCUUUGCUCUGUGCUCAUCUGCUGCCAUCCCCUCAUUUUGGGGGGGUCUAAGCAGGCGGCAGAGCUGUGCGCCGGCGGUUCUCUCCGUCACGCUGAAGGAUGCCGGGAUCUUCCGGACUCUGGGAAUAUCACUUCUCUGUCCCAGCCUGAUGACCGUCUGAAGAAGCAUGUCACAGGCGCCCGCGCAGCCCGAGGAAACCCGCCGUCUGCCGCUUGUUCUGCUGGAUCACCGUCUCUGAAGCAGACUUAACAUUUCCCGCUAUCCCAGAAUAUUUUUGGGAAGAAGAUCCCUGGAAGCUGAGGAGCAGCCGCUUGAAGGCUGGAUGGUUCCUGCCUUCCUCUGGACUGAGAUUACUACCAUCUGACUUGGAGGACACAGAGGAGAUGAGGAGUUGACAGAAGAGCCGGGACCCUCGCCGCCCUCAUCAGAACCGGGGCCAGACGGAAGGAUGGAGAGAUGAAGAGAGGAAACACAACCAGCGCGAGAUGGUGAUUAGAGAAAUCCCCCGGACUCUGUCGGAUACUUCGAAUCAGCACACUGAGAUGACCCAGGAGGCGUGUCCUCAUAGGAGCCAUGUCCAGAGUUCAGAGAACCCUCACGUGUACAAAGUGGGAAUCCACGGCUGGAGGAAGCGCUGCCUUUACUUCUUCGUCCUGCUGCUGAUGUUCCUGAUCCUCAUCAACCUGGCGUUAACCAUCUGGAUCCUGAAAGUCAUGAAGUUCACCAUCGACGGCAUGGGCAACCUGAGAAUAACAGAGAAAGGUCUGAAACUGGAGGGAGACUCCGAGUUCCUCCAGACCCUCUAUGCCAAAGAAAUCCAGUCCAAACCGGGCCGCCCACUCUUCCUGCAGUCAUCCAGAAACAUCUCAGUCAACGUCGUCAACGGCAACAAGCAGCUGCUCACGCAGCUCGUCACAGGAUCCAGUGGAUUCAGAGCACAGGGCCGCAUGUUUGAAGUCAAGUCCACCUCCGGGAACCUCCUCUUCUCCGCCGAUGAGCAGGAGGUGGUGGUGGGGGCGGAGCGGCUCCGGGUGACGGGGGCUGAAGGUGCAGUGUUCAGUAAAUCGGUGGAGACGCCACACGUGAGGGCGGAGCCAUUCAAAGAGCUGCGGCUGGAGUCUCCCACCCGCUCCCUGCUGAUGGAGGCUCCCAAAGGGGUGGAGAUCCAGGCGGAAGCCGGAGACAUCCGGGCCAUCUGCAGGAACGAGCUGCGGCUGGAGUCCAAAGACGGAGAGAUCGCUCUGGACGCUCAGUGGAUCCGCCUGCUGAGGCUGCCGGAGGGAAAGGCCUCCACCGGAUCCUUGUCUUCAGGGACCAGGCAGACUGUCUACGAGGUUUGCGUUUGCCCCAACGGGAGGCUUUUUCUGUCCCAGGCCGGUACCGGAUCCACCUGCCAGAUCAACAACAACGUCUGCCUCUAGGACCGCUCCGAAUCUGAACGGAUUCCCACGGAGACCGCCAGAGCUGGACGCUAACCCUUCCAGACGCUCACGCUCAGACCUUCUGGAUUCCCGCUGCAGGCUGGCGCCAACACUUCCACGCAAACGCAGGACUGCAGCAGCUGUUUGACGUGGAGACGGUUCCCGUCCGCUGGAACCAACACACAAAUGGCAGAGAUUUAUCCACACAUACUGAUCUGUUCCCCUCUUCAGAACCAGAACCAGCAAGGUGAUCACCAUGGCAACGGCUCCUGGUUCUCCUGCCUCCAUCGUCAACACCUCCUUCUAUUUGGAAGCUCAUUUCAAACCAACUGCAGUCCAUGAACCGUAGCUGGUGUCAGUCGGAUCAGAACAUUUUGAAGGGGUUCUCGGAGUCAAACACGCCAGAAAAAACGUGAUGCAUUCAGGCCCUAAAGGAAUUUACAGCUGUAGUUCAACAAAGCCUUCAGCCUUUUAUAGACCUCAAGAUUAAACCUUUUAAAGAAAUUCUAACUUUUCUGACCGUAGUUAUUCUUAAAACACGUCAUUGUCUGACCUCUAAGACAACAAACAACCUUUAAAACAUUUUUACAGAGAAAAUGUCACAAACUGCUGCCUGUUAUCAGGCAUUCAGGUCGUUUAAAUCAAACUAACCUGUAUUUACUCACCUGUGGCUCCACCUGACCACCGUUUGUUGGUUUGGUUUUAGUCAUGAAGCCUAACAGACUAAUGAAGCGAUGCUUUUUCAACCUUCUUCAACCAUCAUGGAGACUCUAAUGUCAAUCACAUAGUUAAAAAAUGUUCUAUAUGCAUUUGCAAGGUUGACAUUAAGGAUUUAAAGGAAAUGUAGGAAGAUGUCAUCAGCAUAGAGUCAGACUUCCUGAUCCAGAUCCAAACUUUAGAAAAACGGCAAAUCCUGAAAUCUCAGCUCAGUAAAAUGUUAACGUUUAGUCACUGAAGCUAACAAUGAAACAAAACUAGCUAAAUAAAUUCUGGAGUUGCUAUUUCCCAGGUACAGUGAAUGCAGCAUGAUUUUGCUUUGAGGUUGGGUGGAGUCAUGAGGUGUUUGCAGGUUCAAGUUACCUGUUCUACCUGGAGAGGUGAUGCAGCUGUCCCUCUAGAAAACACAGUUAACAUCAGAAUCCCGCUGAAAACGGAGAUCAGCUAACGCUAACGGUCCCUCACAGCUGGGAGGGGCCUUCUGAACAGGUUUCCUGUUGGGCUUCUGCUUCCUGCUCGGUUUUUGGCCCCGGCUGUUGGUCCUGGUGUCGUCCAUCCGCAUGUUUGGUUCCGACUGAACCUCUGCAGGUUUAGAAGUCCGACGUCUGAGUUCCUCUAAACUCCAGAACAUCAAAGAUCCGUUUGCAGAAAAAGUCUUCAGGUUUCGAAGCUCAAACGUCGUUUUCUGCUUUUAUCGGUUCUGAAAGGAAGUGAUGAGUCAUGGUGCAGACGACACUCUAGUCUCAUGAACGUCCAUCAGAUCGCAGACGUCUCAUUUGGCGCCACGCCCCGUCAGGAAAAGGAGGCGGGGUGUUCACCUUGUUUGUUUCUGGUUCUGAAACCUGGAAUCAGGCGGGCCGCUCUGUUGGGGGGGGGACCUGUGCCUUACGUCGAUGCACUCGUGGCAAGAAUAAGAAGCACAUCACAUGGACUCCUUUGGCGUCCAGCCGUCACCGCCAUCUGCUUUGAGUUGGCCUUCAUCAGACUCCGCCUCCUGUGAAUGCAAAGACCUUCAGCGGCCUCUGUCCCCGCCCACAGAGGGAGGGGACACCCGCCGGCGCUUUCUGUUAGUCAUCACCCACUGUUUGUGGUAUGCAGUGAUGUCUGAAGAUGAAGAUGUCUCAUCCCGUGCUCCUGUGG